AAACCCCAAAACAAGAAACAGUAAGCAAAACUUUUUACGCGCUUAGCUGCAGUCUCUGCAGACUCCUCAAAUGCCGUCCUCUCUCGCUUAGCUUUGCCCCAAAGUCCAGAGACCCUCUUUCCCAAUCACAGCCAACUCCGAUCGUACGGACACCAUCUCCGCCGUCCGAGACCCAACUCAGCAGAUCACUGUAACUCUGCAGUACUCCAAAAAGCAGAGCCCAAGUUGAGGUAAGAAUCGAUUUGGAAAUCUCGAAUCUUUGUAGCAAUGUCAACGAGCACCAUUCGCAAGGCGAUCGGUGCCGUGAAGGAUCAGACCAGCAUUAGCCUGGCGAAGGUGGCCGGCACGAUCGCGCCGGACUUGGAAGUUCUGGUGGUGAAGGCCACCACCCACGACGAGGACCCGGCCGACGAGAAGUACAUCCGGGAGAUCGUCGGCCUGACGUCACACUCGCGCGGGUACGUGACGGCGGCGGUGGCGACGAUUUCGAAGCGGCUGAGCAAAACCCACGACUGGAUUGUGGCGCUGAAGGCUCUGAUGCUGGUGCACAGGCUGCUGAUCGACGGCCACGCGCUGUUCGAGGAGGAGGUUGUGUACGCGGCGAGGAGGGGGAUGAGGGUUUUGAACAUGGCGGAGUUUCGGGACGAGGCGCAUUCGAAUUCGUGGGAUCAUGCUGGGUUUGUGAGGUGUUAUGGUAUGUAUUUGGAUGAGAAGGCGGAGUUUGAGGUGGCGGAGAGGAAGUCGAGGGGUGUGGAUAAUAGAUUUGAGGAGAAGGAGAGUGAGUUUGAGUAUGGAAUGAGGCGUGCGAGGUCGAGUGAGUCAUUGGAGAGAAAAGAGGGCAAGAAUAGUACUCCGCUUAGGGAAAUGAGGCCGGAGAGAGUGUUGGGAAGGUUGAAUGAUUUGUUGAGGGUUCUCGACAGAGUUUUGGGUUGUAGGCCGGCGGGUAUGGCCAAGACUAGUAGGUUGGUGAUUGUUGCGCUUUAUGGGGUUGUGAAGGAGAGUUUUAGGCUGUAUGUGGAGAUAUGUGAGGCGUUGGGGGUUUUGUUGGAUAGGUUUGGGGAGAUGGAGUACGGGGAUUGUGUCAAGGCGUUUGAUGUUUAUGUUAAUGCGGCGAAGGUGAUUGAUGAGCUGUUGUUGUUUUAUAAUUGGUGCAAGGAUAUGGGGAUUGCGAGGACGUCUGAGUACCCGGAGGUGCUGAGAAUAACUGAUAAGCUUUUGGGGACACUUGAGGGUUACUUGAAGGAGAAGACAAAUAGGCCAAAGAGUACACCUGAGAGGGAGGAGAGGGUUUAUGUUGAUGAGGAGGUGAAACAGAAUGUGAAUGUGAAUGUGAAUGAGAUCAAGGCUCUUCCUGCACCGGAGAGUUUCACUCCUAGUCCUCCUCCGCCAGCACCUGUUGCGCAGCCUAAGCCGGCUUCACAGCCUCAGAGGGUGACUGAUGAGUUGGUGAAUUUGAGGGAUGAUGGAGUUACAGUUGAUGAGCAAGGAAACAAGUUGGCUUUGGCAUUGUUCUCUGGACCUCCUACUACUGCUACUACUAAUCCAAAUGGGUCCUGGGAAGCGUUUGAUUCAAAUGGAGAGCCUGAAGUGACCUCAGCGUGGCAGACGCCGGCUGCUGACAGCGGUAAAGCAGAUUGGGAGUUGGCAUUGGUUGAAACAGCUAGUAAUCUGUCGAAGCAGAAGGCUGAUUUGGCUGGUGGUUUUGAUCCUCUGCUAUUGAAUGGAAUGUAUGAUCAAGGGACGGUGAGGCAGCAUGUGAGCACCUCACAAUUGAGUGGUGGGAGUGCAAGUAGUGUGGCAAUGCCCUUGCCACCAGGCAAGGGUUCUACGCCGGUGUUGGCCCUGCCUGCACCGGAUGGGACAGUGCAAGCUGUGGGACAGCAAGAUCCUUUCGCUGCCUCCCUUACUGUACCACCUCCUUCAUAUGUUCAAAUAGCCGACAUGGAGAGGAAGCAACACUUGCUUACGCAGGAACAGCUUCUUUGGCAGCAAUAUGGAAAAGAUGGGAUGCAAGGGCAAGUGAGUUUGGCCAAGCUUUCCGGCGGGUCUGGUUACUAUGGUCCUCAACCAAUGAUGCCUUAUGGGAUGCCGCAGCCAGGAGGUUACUACUAUGCGCCCUAUUAAAAUUGGCGGCCAUUUUCUUCAUCACAUACUGCAAAUAUCUACCUAUAAUAUUUGGAUUAAGCCUGUAUACAGAGAUACCAUGCUUUACUUCAUUUCUUUUACAAGAUUUCUUGUACUACCUUCUGUUGUCUACCAUUGUGUCUUUAUUUCUGUACUAUGGAGUGUGAACAUUCCAGCUUUUGAUAUUAUAAAAUACUGAUCCACUUGAUCGUUAUAAAGUUAA